AUGCUUGUCCUCAUCGCUGGUGUCACGGGAAAUUUGGGUUCCCGUAUGAUCGACAGCUUCAUCUCGAGAGGCCAUCAGGUUCGCGGACUAGGUCGCAAUCCUUCCAAGCUACCCAGCGAGCUCCGCCAAAAGCUGGAGAACUUUGUUGAAGUCAGCUCCUCCGUGGACGUCACCGGCCUAGAGAAAGCCUGCCAUGGCGUCGAUGCCGUCGUUUGCGCCUACCAGGGCCACCCAGAGCUCGUGGUGGAGGUCCAUGCCCCUAUCGGAGAGGUUUGGGCUCUUCUUUCUGCUUUUGGUUCUCCCAAAUUAUGGAUGCCCGACUGUAUCCUCACGACUGUCGAGGGGUUCGGUAUCGGUUCCACGCGUACAAUCGCUUUUGGCGCCAAUCCAAACAUCAUGAUCCGUGAGACCCUCGAUAGCGUUGACGUCUCAAAAUAUAGCGUUCGUCUCCAUGUCGACCGCGACGAUCUUCCCGGUGUUGAUUCCUAUGCUACCUUCUUUUUGAAGCAAAUUUCCCGCCAUGAGACAGAAAUGAAAUGGAUUGGAGAGUCCUCGAUCCCUGACGAAGAGGGCAGGGCUAACCUCCGGGUCUGGCUUGAGCGCACGUACAGUGGAUUUGAGAGUUGUUUGAACAAGUUACUGGCUCAGUAA